AUGUAAACUCCACAAAUUCCAGCUGUAGUAUCUAUUAGACCAUUCACAGUCCCAAGCAGAUUCUUGGCAACAGCCACAAACAAAUCAAGAGCUCUUGGAGAAGAUUUUGAUGUCAGAAUUGCUAACUAAGCUUCUGAAAGCUCUUAUUUCUUAUUAGAACACGUCAAUGGUGCAGUAUAUAGAAUCAAGCCAGCUACACAUCCAGAUCACUUUGUUUUCUGUUCAAAUGAUAACCACAGAAAAUUCGGAAAUGAUUUCGAUGUCAGAACACACCACUUUGCAGAACCCAGAAACAAUUGGAUCAUCGAAAAUGUUGGAUGGAGUACAUUCACAAUCAGAUCUGAAACAAAUCCAAAUUUCUAUCUUUUCGCUGCUGAUGAUGGAUCAAAUGCCCAUCAAGGUGAAUUAGAUGUCAGAACUCAUGCUCACCAUGAGGAAAGAAAUCUUUGGUUCAUUGUCACAAUUCCAAACAUUGUCCACCCAUAUCCACUUUUAUAACAACCACCUGUUGUUUCAUUGAGACCCGUUCUCUUACCUCAACACUACCUCACAUUUGCAGAAACACAUCAAUAAUUCCAAUCUGAUUUUGCAGUCAAAGCCAGAGGAGCAAAGACAGACAAGACCUAAUUCUUCUUGGAUAGAGUCUAAGGAAAUGUAUUCACAAUCAGAUCAGCUGCCAGUCCACUCUACUACUUGUUCUGUGCUAAUGGUUAAGCCUAUAACUAAUGGGGAGACUUCGAUGCCAGAUUCCACACACACAAAGAACCAAGAAACAAUUGGAUCAUUGAACCCGCAGGCCCAGGAUAUUGGACCAUUAAAUCAGCUACAAAUCCCAAUCACUUCUUGUUUGGACUUCAAGAUGAAGGAAAUGGCCACGAAUUCAGUGUUAGAACACAUCCAUUUGUCGAGGAUAGAAACAAGUGGGCAAUCGAUGGAUUCAAUGGAUGAGUAUUACAUAUAAGAUAUUAAAUAUCAAUCAUGUCUAUU